GCAGCAUCGGGCGAGCUGGCCCCAAUGGAGGACUGCCCAGCCUCCCGCGACCGCCUCGGCCUCUCAGGGGCAGAGGCCGCCGCCAAGGUGGCGGCCGCAGAGGAGGCUGCGGCGGCGCGCUUUGACAUCAACGCCCCCGUCACCGCCGCCGUGGACCACUGGCACGGGGACGAAGUCCUCGCGGAUGACUACUUUGGGGACGGCGGUGAUGCGGGCGGCGCCGGUCAGGGUGCUGUGGCGAGUGAACAGCGGUUGGUGGGGUUGGCUCAUGAGGUCGCGGGAUCGGAGGAAGACGGGCCCGCGCGGGAGGAAGAGGGGGAGGAGGGGACCGAGCAGGAACAGCAGCAGGAGCAGCAGCAGCAGCAGCAGCAGCAGCAGCAGCAGCAGCAGCAGCAGGCCAGGGGGAAGGGCAAGCAGGGCAAGGGUGCGGCAGGUGCCAAGGCGACGGCAGCGGCGCCUGCAGCGCCAGAGGAGCCGGGGGCGGUGGCCAAGAAGCGGCGCGGGGCGGCCGCCGCCGGCGAUGCCGCUGUCCCGCCAGCUGCGGGCAGCAAGCGGUCGCGGCGGUAG